UGCCCGGCAUCAGCCUUGCUUCCUGCGCCCAUCACCAGUGUCCCCUUCGCUCACGGGCCCGAUCUUCUCUAACAUACGCUCCAAUGCAAUCUCUGUGAAGUUCUCAUAGCUUCUACCCUGACCAUGUCCUCUCGAGCCGAAUCCCAAGUUUCGCAGUAUGGCCGCCGUCGUUCCAAUACAGCGACCUCGAUUCUGAGGCCCUCCUCCACCGUAUCAGCACCUGCGCCACCCUUGGAAGUAGGGCAGAGUACCACACUGAACUCAUGGGUCCACGACCCGCGCGAACUAGACACCGUGAUCCUCAAUCAUGUCCGGUGGCCUGGCGUGUCUGAAGGCGACAUUCUACGCGUCGUAAGCGCGGAGCAAGCCAGUCAGGACGACAUGGAGCUCAAGGAGGAGUCAGAGGAUAGUAGGAAGAAGAUGGAGAGCAAGGCAAAGGCGGGCGUACUGUUCAUCGUGGGCAAGCAUGACCCCGAUCUCAAGCAUCAGCUGCAGAUCUCCCUUCCCAAGCCGAUCGCGGAUGCGUUUGGCGUGAGGAAUAACAGCGAAGUCAUCGUCACGAAGGUUGACGGCGAACGCUGCAAUGCUGACUACGUCGAGUUCUACUUCCAAGAUCAGUACUUGGGACGAAACGACAUGUGGAGGCUGGGGCGCCAGCUUACGGGCAAAUGCAUCUAUGCCGGACAAGAGGUCACCUUCGUCGGUAGCGCAGCUGCCAGAAUCCAACACAUCUACAUCGGCGGCAAGCGAGUGUCCUCUGCCAUCAUGACGCCCUCAACCAAGUCCGUCUAUCGCAGCUUGUCCGCCAAGGUCACGAUCUUCAUCACCGUGUGCCGUGAGCUGUGGUACUUCGCCGGUGACGGCGAGCGCUACAACGAGAAGAUCGUGCACGCGUGCCUCCCAACACUAUUCAAUAGCUGGCGCGCCGCGGGGACGAACCACACGGUCACGAUAGUCCUCAUUUGCCGCGUCUUCUACGACCAGUCUGAGGUUGACUACGCCGCGGGUCCGCUCCUGCGCGACGACCGGGGAAACUGGUACAAGGACUUCUACAAGGUUAUCACCGACCUGGAAGUGAUUCAUGAAUGGCGGCCAACGCUCGUGACGCUCAAAACGUCUUUCUACGACUUCCAGCGCGAUGUACUCUUGACACACCAUUAUCAUAUGCAUGCCAACUCGACCGAGCCAGUACGUCUGGUCGGCAAGCUCUCAUACGCGCACGACGCGCCCGUACUUGAAGCAUUGAAUCUGGCUCUCAAUCCGACCGAGACGCACUACAUCGACCGGUCGCUGUCGAACACAGGCGCGACAUCCAUCCUCAUAACUCCUGGGACAGGCUACUUCCGCGUCAACAAGCGCCUCCUCCGGCUAACCACGAUGCGCAUCCUCGACCAGGGACACGGCUUCGACUUGAUUUCGCUGGCCAAGCCGCCAUUGCACCAGACCCCGAUGUUCAGCUUCCUGAGCGCGGAUCCGGAGAUAAAGAGCGAGAAGGGGGACAAAGACGCGUACGCUGACCCGCGGUCGUAUGAUCCUCUGUGGGUUGGCGAGGACACGGAGGAUGGAAGUCCGAAGUCAACGUUUUGGUGGGAGCCGUUCUGGAUCUCUAUCUCGUUCUGGGACAAGCAAUUGGAUCUGCCUUUCAGAGCGGACCGCUUCGUUGCACGGGCGAAGAUGCAUGAGAUUCAAAUGCUGGGUCUGCUUGAGCACGACGUGACGAGUAGCAUUGAGGUGCCUUUCCUUCCUGAAAACAUCAUGAUGGACGGCUACGACAAGCCACUCUCGAAGGAGGCCGCUGAUCAAUUCGACCUCGACGUCUUUGCACUGUCGCCUCGCGAAGAGAGGUACACUGAUGACGAAGGAGGUCCGCGGAGAAAGCGCUUGUCAACAUUGUCGAAUGACAGUGGCACAAGCUCUUCAUCCGUUGCUCUCAGCUCCUCCAUCGUUCCACGCACCAACCCACCAACGCCCCAACGGUCUGCGCCUACGACACCGACUGUCGAAAAGCGUUUGUCAGUGCGCGGCUCCCUUCUACAGCCACGCGAGCCACCGAUCGAGGAGAGCCCACGGCAUGCCAACUUGGAGCUCCCCGACAGUGGAAGUAUCCGCGGCUUGAGCAAGUCGCCCUCGCAAUCAUCGACACUGUCGGCACGCUCCUCGGGCUCGAGAAAAUCGCGCGCGACGUCAAAAUCCUCGGAACACAGUGGCCAAGGGAAAAGCACCUUAGCCUCUCGACUGGCGCCUACUUGGCUACUCAAUCCGUUCAAUCGUAGCGGACCAAGUGAGCCGCAGACGACGACGGUGUCCGCGUCUGCAUCGGGGACGAACAUGUCAUCUUCCAGCAGCACCUCCACGAAACGCGAUCCGGAGAAGCGACAAUCAAGUACGCCAGAGAGGCCGGCACGUCCAGUGCCAUUGCCAUCUUCGUCUACGGUGCCAACCCUAUCGGCAAGAGUGCCAAUACCUACACCGUUUCCGACCUCAUCUUCCAACACGGAUAGAUUGUCCUCGCAUAGUGCUUCAAGUCGGAGGGGCACUGACGAUGACACUGUCGUCCCCGGGCUGUCUUCCUUUCUCCGUCGUUCACCCAUGAAUACGCCCCCUCGCGAUGGUGCCGCCGCUCUCUUCCGUCGACGGAGCACCGCUACCGUCAUCGGCACUUCCUCAUCCCCCUCCUUCUCCCACAUCCCGCGCACCAAUCCUUCCCGCCCGCAGACCACCAUUUCGCAUUCUCAAUACGGUCUCGCGUCCCGUUGGCAGCAUGUCUUUCCUCGACCGCUGCUCAAGACCGAGAUCAAGUGGGACAGCUUCGUCACUCCAGCUUGUCUUCCGCUCACGGUCGAAUACUUCCCCGCGGCGGCGGAGCUCGAGCAAAACUACGACAUGUUCUCGUACGACUUCGUCGUCGACCCGACAGAGAUGAAGUCGUUCUUGGUGAAACCUCCGGAGACGAAGGACAUCAAGUUGGUCGGCCGGGCGGCUGAGGAGGAGAUCCGCAGGCGGUGGGCGCUCGUGGUGAUGCGGGGCAUGGCAGCUGUCAGAUUGGCGCAGGGCUUCCAGUUCAUCCUCAAGCCAUCUCGAGCAUCGGCGCUCAACGACAUCCAGAAGCCGCCAGCGGAAGACAGGGAGAAGACGGCGUCAUUCCGGAGGCAUACGACGAGGACGUUCGUUGCGGAAGAGGACUCAGUACCGCGAUUUUCUGGCGCGUCGGAGAUCCUGAACACAACGACGGAGCCGGUUUACUUGAGCAUGAGCAACGAGAUACAUCGGAUCUCGUAUACGGGGGAUAUGAUUCAGGUCAAGCGAUGGGUACGACGGUUGCCUGGGGCAAAGCCAUACGAGUAUCGCUUCUUGAGUUGGCCGAAGCUGGGCGAGGGUUAUACGGAGAUGUCCACCAAAUUCUCGUCAAGAGGCUUGGAGAGCUAUGGCUGGAACCGAUUGGACAUGUUGGUUGCUGGGUACGAGCAGCAGUUCAACGAAUCCUUGCGAUACUGGCGUACUCGCUUUAUCGUCAUACCUACCGCAGAACCGCCGCCCGAAAACGUCGGGCCCCAAGGCGAGCUGCUGAAUGAGGAGGAGAUGCGCAUCCUCGGCAUUGAGAAGCUUGCGGAGCAGUUUACCAAGCUGCGUUGGGUUCCACCGGACGACAAGACGGUGCAUCCUGCCGUGCGCUUCCUACCGACAACCCUCAAUCCUGCGGCCUCCGUGCUCGACGACAGUCUUAUGGAGCAGCUCGACCAGAUUCACGCCGCAGGACCGCUUAAGAAGAAGAUGAAGAGUGAGCGAGAGAUUGGUGACAUGUCGCUGCAAGCCAUCGCGAAGGCCAUGCGCGAGGAUGACGGUGUGCCGAUAAAGCACAAUCGUUGGCAUCAUAGCCAGUAUCCGAACUCGUUCACCGGCUUCGACUUCGUGUCCUGGGUGGUCAGGGAGUUUGGCGACGUCUCUUCAAGGCAGCAAGGGGCAGAAUGGGGUGUCAGGAUGCUGGAGCAAGGCCUCUUUGAGCACGUCAGAGGUUCACACAAAUUCCUCGAUGGACAUUACUUCUAUCAACUACGCGGAGACUUCGCCGUGCAAAUGACGCCGAAGGGAUGGUUUAGGACGCGCAUUGCCUCUGACGAGCUGCGACCUCGUGUUUCGGGCAGAAGUCCAACGGCCAAGAGGCGCAAGCGGCUGAUCCUGAGUCAAAGUAUGCCCAUAGACAUCGAUCCUCAGAAGAAAAGUGACCAAGCCGAGUGUGUCGUGCUUCAUCACGACAUCAUUCACAACCCUGCUACGGUCUUCCACUUUGAGCUGCAAUGGAUCGGCACAACUGCGCGCUGCAUCGAGGAGCAACUACGCCAGUGGAGUCGGCUAAUAGAGCGGUAUGGUCUCAAGCUCGUCGAGGCCUACGUUACGCAGAUCAGCGAGGUUCGGGACCGCAAUGCGUUCCAGUCCUGCUUUCCUCUUCCUCUUGCGCUUCCUCCGCCUGACGUACCCGACCUCGAAAAGCGGAUACCGGAUGGGUCUAGUCCGACUCACUAUUUCGAGUACGCGCUGCUGCGUCGCUUCGGCUUCAUUCUGGACGUCGAAGCUGGCAGCCUCUAUCCGGAAGGUGUCGAUGUUGUCUACUCCUACCGUAGGGCGCCCUUCAAGUACUCCCAGUUUGUUCAUAGGUCGGGCGUGGCCUUCGUCCAGGUCCUCGGCGGCAAGCAAGGCUUCCUCUACCUGACCAACCGCUUGAUGAUGGCCGGCCGGAUCCACUCCAACCUUGGUUCCUCUGUCCGCGCGCGCGAGAAGCCCGCUGCAGAAGCGGAGAUCUUGAGGAAGCAGAUGCAGGAGUUCUGCGAGAGCGAACACGCGUUGCAGCAAUUCUAUGCAGACGAGAUCGCACAGUUACCCUCCGAGCCGGAAGACCCUCCACCAUUAGCUAUAUAAUCACGCUACAUUGUACAUUAACAUUUUGAUUCCAAAAGUCCAGCGCGAGAUAGCAAGACAGCAAUAUACAUAGAAUGCAUGGAUGAGAGGGGAUCUCAUCAGCGACGCAAAGGCUACGUCUCAGGGCUGCUCAUGACUUGACAGCGGCGCCCUCCAAUGAUAUGUCGAAGAAGCCGUCCUUGAAGACCAGCCCGUCCACAGUCAUGCAUUCGAACCUAUCUCGCCUCAACGCAAGCUCACGAGGUCCAUGCACGAUGAUGAACCUGCGGUACUCAUACAAGAUAGGAGGUUGCACU